AUGACGAACACUACGAAUGUAACGACCCACGCAGAAGAGCCAUGGAAAAACAAGAAUUUGUGAGAGGUAAUGUUUUCUGGAUUGCUAGUAUGAACGUAAUUGCUUAUAUUUUGCACUUGCAGAACUGGAGAAGACAAUGGACAAUAAGGUCGCAGAUGGAAUCAAGCUAUUCGCCACCGUUGCCGAUAUCUUUGCCCAGAUCUAUGUGGCACAAGAUAUUGGUUUAUCGGCCGCAGAUCUGAAAGAUUGGCAGGGUACA